UUUCCAAUUUGUUAUAGUAUCAACAACACUAGCUCCGACACGUCAGAAUAUUUCCGAAUUUAGUUAAUUAUUUGCACAGCUGUCGGAUUUAGUAAAAACUUCAAGUACACUCCCAAAGAAACACACUACCAGACAUGCCGCGGAACGUGGCCCUGUUGGGCCUGGCUUUGAUUGCCUUGAUUUCCAUUUCCUGGGUCUCUGCACUGCCCGUCACUCAGAACAAAAAGGCUGACAAGGACACCAAGGAGGCUGAUGCCAGCACCCCGGCUCCCGCAGACGUAGAGACGUCUCUAGAGUAUGAACGCUACCUACGAGAAGUCGUGGAGGCCCUGGAGGCUGAUCCCGAGUUCCGCAAAAAGUUGGACAAGGCCCCUGAGGCAGACAUUAGGAGCGGAAAGAUUGCCCAGGAGCUGGACUACGUGAACCAUCAUGUACGUACCAAGCUGGAUGAGAUCAAGCGCCGCGAACUUGAGCGUCUGCGUGAACUGGCCAAUAAGGCCUUUGAGCUGUCCAACGACAUUGACCGAAAGCACCUCAAAGUGCCCCAGCAUUUAGACCACGAAAACGAGCACACCUUCGAGAUUGAGGACUUGCGCAAGCUGAUCCAAAAGACCUCCGACGACCUCGCAGAGGCUGAUCGGAAGCGGCGAGGCGAGUUCAAGGAGUACGAAAUGCAAAAGGAGUUCGAGCGCGAGGCACAAAAAAAAGAAAUGGACGAGGAGUCGCGCAAGAAGUUUGAAGCUGAAGUCAAUGCCAAGGAACAGAAGCACAAGGACCACGAGAAGCUUCACCAUCCUGGCAAUAAAGCCCAGCUCGAGGAGGUGUGGGAGAAGCAGGACCACAUGGAUAAAAAUGACUUUAAUCCCAAGACCUUCUUCUCCAUCCACGAUGUUGAUAGCAAUGGUUACUGGGACGAGGCGGAGGUAAAGGCCUUAUUCGUUAAGGAGCUGGACAAGGUCUACCAGAGCGAUCUUCCCGAGGACGAUAUGCGGGAGCGGGCAGAAGAGAUGGAACGCAUGCGGGAGCACUACUUCCAGGAAACUGAUACUAACCACGAUGGACUCAUCAGUAUUGAAGAAUUUAUGGCCCAGACCACCAAAGAGGAAUUCCAGAAGGACCCCGAGUGGGAGACUAUCGAUCAGCAGCCCCAGUAUACCCAUGAAGAGUAUUUAGAGUACGAACGCCGGCGCCAGGAGGAAGUACAGCGUCUGAUUGCCCAAGGUCAGUUGCCGCCGCAUCCAAACAUGCCACAGGGCUACUACGCAGCACCACAUCCCGAAGGUGUAGCCUACCAGCAAGUUCCACAGCCAGGAGGCCAGCUUCAUUACCAACAGCCCGAUCAGAUACACCAUCAGCAGCAGCAGCAAUACGCUCAACAACAGCAACAGUAUCAGCAGCAGUAUGGACAACAACCCGUGCAGCUGCAUCCUAAUCAGGUGUACCAGCAUGCUGGCCAGAUCCCUCAGCAGCAGCCACAGCCCGUUUAUCAGCAGCAGCAACAUCAGGCAAACUACCAGCAACAACAGCAGCCUAUCUACCAGCAACAGCAGCAACAGCAACCAAUUUAUCAACAGCAACAACAGCCUGUGCAGCAGCAGCAGCAACCUGUGCAGCAGCAGCAACAGCCUGUGCAACAGCAGCAACAACCUGUGCAGCAGCAGCAACAACCUGUGCAGCAGCAGCAACAACCCGUGCAACAGCAGCAACAACCUGUGCAACAGCAGCAACAACCUGUGCAACAACAGCAACAGGCACCUGUGCAACAGCAGCAACAUCCACAAGAUUCCAAUCAUAGUCCUCCGCUUACUCAAAAUCAACAGGCUCCCAUUCAACAACAACAAAAGGACCAGAUAAGCCAACCAGCGCAACAACAGCAGAAACACUAAACAUUCCGUACUGACACAUUUGCAUUUCGAAAUGUUAGCGAUGCGUUAUUAAAUUGUGGUUAUGAGAACACAAUGUGAUUGGACUGAAAUAGCGAACAUUAAACCAUUAUCUCAAUAUAAUUACAUUUAUCUCUCAUUGGCAAUGAUACAAGUAUUCGAAAAUGAUAUACCACAAAAGUAUAGUUUUAUUUCUUUUUCAAUAAUCUUGUUCUCAUUCUGCAACAUUGCAUAGGCGCAACUUUUUUAAACGAAUUUUUUGUACAUAUGAGUUUUGUAGCAACAAAUAAUUAAAGCAUUUCCACGGGA